AUGUCCUCUUCUCACUUUCCUGCAUGGACUUCGUCCAGCACGGUGACUCCUGCUGAAGAUUCGAAGAACAAGAACAAAGAUUACAUCGCUCUGGGAGCAUUGGCUGCUGUUUUGUUAGUGAUCGCUGCUUUUGCAAUGUCGUCAGGCUCCAAACCUGCUAUUUCCAUGGAUGCAGACACGCACAAACUGGUUUCAGACAUGAAUAAGAGGUUCGAGGAAAUGAAGACCAUGUACAAUGAGAAUGUUGGACUGUUGAAAACUGCAAAGCAGAAUGGCCAAGUGAUUGACAAAAACUUCGACGAGGCUCUUUCCGGUAUCAAGUCGACGAUGGCAAAGACCGAAGAGUCUAUGAAGAAGAUCUCUGAGAGCCAAAGAAACUUCGAAUCAGUUAAAACAGAGUUGUCAAGCGACAUUCAGAAGCUUAGGAAGUACAUGCUUGAUCAAAUUGAGGAACAGAAAAAGUCCUCCGAGGCAAAGACCGCGGACCUUGAAAAAUCACUCUCGAAGCUGAGAGAGAAGGCAGAGAAGAUGCUGUCAGACGCUGAGAGCCUCAACUCUCGUCUCCUUCAAUCCCUGGAAACUGCCAAGACCGAGAUCGACUCCAAGAUGCAGAAGGAAGUGAAUUCCUUACUUGCCACGGAGCGCAAGGCUAUCGAGAAGAAGAUAUCGGAGGCUUCUCAGAGCAUGUUGGUUGCUGCUAAGUCCGAGAUCUUGGCUAUGGCCAUCAGCAAGAUGAACGAGGAGCUGAAUGAGAAGAUCAAGCAAGCAGUGGCGCAGCUUGUCAAGCAGAGGCAGAGCGACGACCUUGAGAAACAGAUCAAGCACGUUCUUCGCGCACUGUUCCAGGAGAGAAUCGGCAGGAUUGACUGGCUCUUGGAGGUCAAUGGAGCCAGCAUCACCAACCAUUCGGAGACCUUUCCUGCAUGCAAGAACACCAGUGUUUUCAGCUACUUGAAGUGCUCGACGUCGCAACAGCUGAACCCCAAGACUUUCAUCCACUCGGAUGUGGCUGGCUUAUCCAUGAUCGACUCCCCGAGCAUGAUGCUCGGCAACUGCUGGGCCAUGAGCGGGUCGCAAGGGUUCGUUGAGAUCCGCCUGUCGAAGCUGCUUCGCGUCACCGAGGCUGUGAUCCAGCACAUCCCCAAGAGGAUAUCGCCCGACAUUCGCAGCGCUCCUAGAGGCUUCCGCAUCCUCGGCUCGCUCUCCGGCGCGGAAACUGAGGAGGGAUCGUUCAAGGUCUUGGUUGAGGGAGAGUAUGAGGUUCGGGAAGAUGCUUCUGAGGAGGAGCUGUUGCCUCAUGUUCAGACCUUCGCUGUCAAGAACUCGCCCCUCGUUGAUACCAUCCGCUACGAGAUCUUAUCAAACCAGGGGAAGCAAGAGUUCACAUGCUUGUAUCACAUGCGCCUCCAUGGAGAGGAGGCAACGCCUAUGGUGUCGUCGUGA